UCAAAUCUUUGCGACUGUUCCUUCAAAAACAAAAACAAAAGCAAAAACCCUAGAGGCUGUUUACAAACUCUUUUGAGUCCUUUUCAACCUGUCGUUUUCGUUAUUCUCCAAGAAGGAAAAUAACCUGUGUCUCUAGCUUGUUGAGCUUGUUUUCCUAUACAAGUAGUCAUGACUAUGAGAUCUCGAAAAACUGGAGACAAAAUCGUCCUUGAUGGAGAAAAUCUCUUACCGGAGUCAAAACGCAAUCAGAGAAGAUGGAGGAUGGCUUACACGGCCAUAUACUUCACGAGGCUUCUUGGUUCUUUGUCCAAGACGGCUCUUGGGAGUCAGACCAAGAUCUUGCGUUCCCUCUCCUACAUUGCUCUUGACGUUCGUGAUGAUACCCCGGGUGAGGACCUUGUUUCUCUGAUUAAUGUUGAUCAGAGAACACUCGCAGAUAUGGUGAAAGGAAAGAACCUUGAAUCUUUGAAACAACUGGGAGGAGUUACACAAGUUGCCACCACAAUUCUAGAAACUGAUGUCAAGAAUGGUGCAAAGGAGGCUGGUGUUGCGCAUAGAAGGGAUGUUUUUGGUGCAAAUAGGUUUAAGAAGCCUCCUGCGAAAAGCUUUCUAAGCUUUGUUGUUGAAGCAUUCAAGGACAUGACCAUAAUUAUUCUUUUGGUCUGUGCUAUCAUGUCUCUGGGAUUUGGUAUCAAACAGCAUGGCCUGAAAGAAGGAUGGUAUGAUGGAGGAAGCAUUAUUGUUGCUAUAAUUCUUGUUAUUGCUGUCUCCUCUGUCAGCAAUUUCAAGCAAUCCAAGCAAUUUGAGAAGUUAUCUGACGAGAGCAACAAUAUAAACGUGCAAGUAGUGAGAGAUGGAAGGCACCAUCAUUUAUCAAUUUUUGACGUGGUGGUGGGGGAUGUGGUGUCUUUGAAGAUAGGGGACCAGAUACCUGCUGACGGGAUGUUCUUGAAUGGUUAUUCUUUGAAGGUGGACGAAUCUAGCAUGACUGGUGAAAGCGACCAUGUUGAGGUGAAUGGCAAGAACAACCCUUUCUUGCUCUCUGGUACAAAGGUGACUGAUGGCUUUGGUUUCAUGGUUGUUACAUCUGUUGGCAUGAAUACAGCAUGGGGUGAGAUGAUGAGUUCAAUAUGUCAUGAUUUGGAUGAGCAAACUCCAUUGCAAGCCCGCCUCAACAAGCUCACUUCUUCUAUAGGGAAGGUUGGAUUGACAGUCGCCGUCCUUGUUCUUGCGGUUCUGAUGAUAAGGUACUUUACAGGAAACACUAGAGAUGACAAUGGUCGCAAAGAAUACAUUGGGAGCCAGACAAAGUUCAGUGAUGUGCUGGAUUCAGUUGUGGGCAUUAUUGCUGCAGCCGUGACUAUUGUCGUGGUGGCAAUUCCGGAAGGUCUGCCACUAGCUGUAACUCUAACUCUGGCUUACUCUAUGAAGAGAAUGAUGAAAGAUAAUGCCAUGGUUCGUAAACUCUCUGCUUGUGAAACAAUGGGUUCAGCCACAAUAAUCUGCACAGACAAAACAGGCACUCUUACUUUGAACCAGAUGAAGGUUACAGAAUUUUGGCUUGGGAAAGAGACAACUGAUGGUGAUUCUUUAACUGAAAUAGAAUCAGAGGUCUAUCAGUUACUACAAGAAGGAGUUGCUUUAAACACAACAGGUACUGUUGACAAAUCACAUGCUACUUUAGUUCCUGAAAUUACUGGUAGUCCAACUGAAAAGGCAAUACUUUCUUGGGCUCUCUUGGAUUUGGGAAUGAAUAUCAAUGAAACAAAGGAAAAAUGUGAGAUAAUACACGUAGAAACCUUUAAUUCUGAGAAAAAGAGAAGCGGAGUAUUGAUGAGGAAAAACAAUGAGAAGACAAUUCACACGCACUGGAAGGGAGCUGCUGAGAUGAUACUAGCCAUGUGUUCAAAUUAUUAUGUCAGAAAUGGAGAACUAAAAAGCUUGAAUGAGGAAGAGAAAGUGCAGCUUGGGGCCAUAAUUCAGAGUAUGGCAUCCAAAAGCCUACGAUGCAUUGCUUUUGCCCACAAAAAAGUUGCAGAAGACAAUGGGCAGGCCUCUGAGAAGCUUCAAGAAAGGGGGCUGAGCUUGUUGGGCUUUGUUGGAUUGAAAGACCCAUGCCGACCAGGAGUUAGAACAGCGGUAGAAUCAUGUAAGAAUGCAGGAGUGAAUGUUAAAAUGAUAACCGGCGACAAUGUGCAUACAGCGAGAGCUAUAGCUAUUGAAUGUGGGAUUCUCAGUCCGGAACAAGACAUGGAGAAUGGUGCUGUAGUAGAAGGUGUGCAAUUCAGAAACUACUCACCUGAAGAGAGAAUGGCCAUGAUUGACAAUAUCCAGGUGAUGGCAAGAUCAUCCCCGUUUGACAAGCUUCUGAUGGUACAGUGUUUAAAGGAGAAAGGCCAUGUGGUAGCAGUCACUGGUGAUGGCACAAAUGAUGCCCCCGCUCUAAAGGAAGCAGAUAUUGGGCUCUCCAUGGGAAUUCAAGGGACUGAGGUGGCAAAGGAGAGCUCAGACAUUGUCAUAUUGGACGAUAACUUCAGCUCAGUGGUAACUGUGUUGAGGUGGGGGAGAUGUGUCUACAACAACAUUCAGAAGUUCAUUCAAUUUCAGCUCACUGUUAAUGUCGCUGCCCUAGCCAUCAACUUCGUUGCAGCUAUUUCUUCUGGUAAAGUCCCUCUAACUGCAGUCCAGCUGCUGUGGGUUAAUCUCAUAAUGGACACCUUGGGAGCACUAGCCCUAGCUACCGAGCAACCCACCAUUGAUCUCAUGGCAAGGACACCUGUGGGUCGAUCAGAGCCACUUAUUACCAAAAUCAUGUGGAGGAACCUCCUUGCUCAGGCUCUGUAUCAGGUUUCCAUUUUACUGACUCUGCAAUUCAAGGGAAAGGCCAUAUUUGGUGUGGAUGAAAAAAUUAAGAACACCCUCAUCUUCAACACUUUUGUCCUCUGCCAAGUGUUUAACGAGUUCAAUGCAAGGAAGCUGGAAAAGAAGAACAUAUUCAAGGGGAUACAUAAGAACAAGUUAUUUUUGGCAAUCAUUGGAGUUACGAUAAUUCUUCAAGUGAUCAUGGUGGAGCUUCUGAAGAAGUUUGCCAGCACUGAGAGGUUGAAUUGGGAACAGUGGGGUGCCUGCAUUGGCAUUGCAGUUCUGUCUUGGCCAAUUGGUUGUCUUGUGAAGUGCAUUCCAGUUUCUUCCAAGCAGCUUAUGGAUCCUAAAAACAUGUAGCCACCAAUCAUUUGUCCUUCUCUCUUACACACCCCCGCUGAAAGAUUUGACAAGAAAGUUUUAUAUAAAUUUAGAUUUCAAAGAUUAUUGUGAGCAGUUUCUUUUAUAGAAUAUGUAGAAUCAAAUUUCUGGAAAUGCUGAAUCUAGCCAUUGCAUUUAUAUCUUUAUAUUCUGCAUGGAA